AUGAUACCAUAUGCCAACAUCCCACUGGAAAGAGUUAAUUAUCGGUCGUGGACACGAGUGGCACUCCAGCUUGAAUCAUCACCAUUUAUGGAUGGUGUACCGAUUGAUUUGAUUACCGGAGUAUUAGCUGAACCAGGCCAUUUUGUUGCUUUCACUUGUACAGAUAAAGUCUUAUCUGUUUAUAAUUCACUAUAUCCAGGAAAGGUAACAACAACUCAAUGGCAAGCAGUAGCUACAUAUCCGUACCAUCCUCAUCUCUCAAUUCAUUUAUAUCCUACGCAACAACAAUCUUCUGCUAGCAAUAACUGUUCACUAUUCGCAAUAGCGAUAUUAGCUGAACUUCAAUUAGGUCAAGGAUAUUCGACAAGUAUAACAUUUGACGAAAAUAAAUUACGAUCGCAUACC